AGAGAGAGUGAGAGAGAGCGAGAGACAGAGAGAUAUCAUUCAAUGUGCCGUGUGUGAGUCAUAGGAUCGUUUCGUCUGCUUUCACGUCCAUCAACCUGCGUCCGGGGCCAUUUCAUGUAACAGAUUUGAAACGAUGUCUUGGACUCUUUCUUCGUCCCCUUCUUUUCGACCCUCAACUCAGCCAGGCAUGGAGGUCCAGCUGCAGGAACUGAGGCUUCAGCUGGAGAAGCAGUGCUUGCUGAACAAGGAGCUGGAAAAUGAGAAGCUGGGGCUGGAGAGACGUCUGCAAGAAAAGGAGAAGAUGUUGAAGGACAUGCAGAAUCGAAUUGAUGAACUUGACUACCACCACGGCAGGACUAGCCACGACGGCGAGCCUGAGGUGAGGAAAAGCCGAUCUGGCAUCAUCGUCACUGAGCCCAUCCCUGAGGAUCUGGACAUCGCUGGCUCCAGCGUCAAGACUGUCAGCGAAAGCAACCUCAUCGUUAAAGCCAUCCAGAAGAGCGACUUCCUGAGCCGCCUGGACGAUGAGCAGGUCACCAUGAUGGUGGACUGUCUGGUGGAGCGGGAGAUCAGCCAGGGGGAAGCGAUCAUCGUAGAAGGAACCGAAGGCGACAGCAUGUACAUCGUAGCAGAGGGCGAGCUCCGGGUGACUCAGGCCGGACGAGUUCUGCGAACUCUGACGUGUGGGGACGUCUUUGGGGAGCUGGCCAUCCUGUAUAACUGCAAACGCACGGCAUCGGUCAGAGCUGUCACAAAAGUCAAACUGUGGUGCAUCGAGAGGCAGACUUACCGGACAAUCAUGACCAACAAGUCCAGGAGGAAACGGGAGCAGGUCAUGGGAUUCCUAAAGAUUGCCCGCACCUUGAAGGACCUGAGUGACAUGCAGCUCUCUAAUAUAAUAGACUCUAUGGAAGAGGUCAAAUUCCAGAACAAUGAAGUGAUUGUGCGUGAAGGGACAGAGGGAGACACUUUUUACAUCAUUCUGAAGGGAGAGGUGCAGGUGACAAAAAACGUGAAUGGACAGCAGAAGGAAAUCCGGAGGAUGGGGCGGGGGGAGCACUUUGGGGAGCUGGCUCUCAUCCGUGAAACUUGCAGAACUGCCACAUGUACUGCAGUGGGCCAGGUCAGCUGCUACUCCAUCGACAAAGAGGUUUUCGAGGAGACCAUACCGCUUGAACACCUCCAGCUUCAUGACGACUCAAAUGUCUUUGAAGACAUAGUAAUUCCAGAGAAAAAGAGCCAGAGCACCUCUCUGCAUUUAAAGGACCUAGUUCCGGUGCUUUACCAGGAAGGGCGAUUCCAGGGCGAGCCCGUCACUCUGGGAUUGGGCGGAUUCGGACGCGUGGAGCUGGUGACGACACUACAGCAUGGGAAGUAUUACGCCCUCAAGAGGAUUAGUAAGAAGCACGUUGUUGCUAAGCGGCAGGAGGACCAUGUGAAAUUCGAGAAGCAAAUACUACAGGACAUUCAUAGUGACUUCAUUGUCAGACUUUAUGCUGGGUUCAAAGACACCCGUUACAUCUAUAUGCUUAUGGAGUUUUGCUCCGGAGGGGAGUUGUGGACCAAACUGAAAGAAGUUGGUCGGUUUGAGGAGAGCAUCGCUGUCUUCUGCACUGCAUGUGUUGUUGAGGCGUUUGCCUACCUCCACAAGAGGGGCAUCCUGUACCGAGACCUCAAGCCCGAGAACCUGAUGCUGGAUUCACGUGGAUUCGUCAAACUGGUGGAUUUCGGUUUCGCCAAAGAGCUGACACGAGGGGAGAAGACAUACUCAUUUUGUGGGACACCAGAGUACAUGGCCCCCGAGAUCAUCCAGAACCAGGGCCACGACUUUGCUGCGGACUUCUGGUCACUGGGCGUCCUGGUGUAUGAGCUGCUGGUUGGCAGCCCCCCCUUCUCCAGUUCCGACCCACAAAGGAUUUAUGCGAAGAUUUUGGAUGGGGUGCUUAAAUACCCCCCCUACAUGAGUGAAGCCGCCCGCUCCCUGAUCAGCAAACUAUGCAGGCCCCGGCCAGGUCAAAGGCUGGGGAAUACCAAAAACGGGAUCAAAGACGUCCGGAAUCACAGGUGGUUUGGGAACAUUAACUGGCACAAGCUGAGAGUUGGACAGGUGGACGCGCCGACGGUCCGGCUCAUGCGCAAGGGUCCCUGCUAUAUCAACUUUGACCGGUUCCCCUAUGACAAAACCCAAGCAGAGGAAGAAACCUCCGGCUGGGAUGACAACUUCUGACCUGGUUUCAUCAACAGUUUGGAGAUCCAGCGACCUAAUGGGUUCAGGCUACAGGCAGGUUUUAUGUGAUGCCUGUGUCACGCAGCCUCGUCCUUCAGCCUAAGUGGACUGUUUAAGUCGUCUGCCCCAACGAAUUGAAGUAUUUUAACUCUGGAUCAAAUGAAAAUCCCUCCAUGAUGUUAUUUCACACUUUUGUAUAUCAAAGUACUUGACUCUUUCAGUGUGAUAAGUUCAAAUCCAAACAAAUGAAAGUGCCCCUGAAGACAA